AUGUCUUCUAAGACGAAAAGGCGGGCCAAGAUCGUGUCGGAUAGCGACGACAUGGGGAGUAGCGAUAUAGAGCAGGAGCUGAAGGCUCAGAAGGCCAAGCGGCACAAGCCAGCUCCGGUGGCUACAACUGCACACUCGAGCAGCUCUGGCUCAAGCUCAGGCAGUGAUGAUGAGUGGACAAUGGGGGAGAAGAAGGGAGUGGAGAAGGAGAAGAAGAAGGCGAACAAGGGGGGGAAGGGGGGACAGAUCGGCAAGAGAAUGCCAGCUGGCAGAAAGAUGGCUCCUGCUCGUCCGUCGACCUCUGGCUCCAGUCAUGAUGAUGAUGAAGGAGAGGAGCAAGCUAGAGAGUCACAGGGAGGGUCCAGCGAGAGUAGUGGUGAUAGCAGCUCCAGCGACUCUGAGAGCUCGUCAGACGAGUCACUCCAGUUUGACGACGGGCUGGACGAGGAUCUGGUGGGGGACGAGGAGGACCGCAGCAAACUCUCCAACAUGACCGACAUUGAGAGGGAGCAGGAGAUGUACAUGAGGUAUGAGAAGAGACAGAUGCAGAAGACGAGGUUCGAGAUAGAACAUAAGCUGCGCCGGGAGCGGCGGGCGAAGAAGAAGAAGGCGAGGGAGCAGGUUGAGCGAGAGCAGAACAGAGUAAUCCGGUCGAGCAGACGUAGCCGACUGGAGGACUCGAGCAAGUCAAAGGCCAUCGACGAGCUCAAGGCAAAGAGGAGCGCAGACAAGCAGAAACGUGAAGAGGUGCAGGAGACGCAGGCACCAGCUGCCAGACAGGCGGCCAAGGAGCCACUGAAUGCAGCUGAAGUGUAUCCAGUAACUCUGAGCCAGAGAGCUCCUCUUCCAGUGGCUCGGAGUCUGAGGGAGGAGACUCAGAGGAUGAGUCCGGGGGCAGCCCUUCGCUACAUCUCCAAUCUGGAGGAACUCACCAAGAUAAAGCUGUCUCGAUUCAGACUAGAAAAGUGGGUUCAUAUGCCGUUCUUCAGAGACGUGGCUGUUGGUUGCUAUGUGAGGGUCGGGAUUGGAGCCCACGAGGGCAGAAUGGUCUACAGAGUGUGUGAGAUAACGGAGGUGAUAGAGAACCAAAAGGUCUACUCUCUGGGGCCUACCAAGACUAACAAGUGCCUCAGACUGAGACAUGGACCACAGGAGAGGUCCUUCAGAAUGGAGUACGUCUCCAACAGUCCGUUCACUGACUCUGAGUUCUCCAAAUGGAAGACUGAACUGGCGCAGAGAGGCCAGCCUCUGCCUACAGUUGACUUCAUCAGGAAGAAGAGCAAACGCAUCGAGCAGGCCAAGUCUUUCCAGUUCAAGGAGGAAGACAUUGACAAGAUCAUACUGGAGAAGCAGAAGUUCAGAAAAGCUCCCACCAACUACGCCAUGACCAAGAACAGACUCUUCCGGAGAAAAGAGUUGGCAGAGGAGGAUGGAGACACGGAGACAGUCUCCGCGCUGACUCAGGAGCUACUGGAACUGGAGGAGAAGGCAGAGCAGCUGGACAAACAACGCUCCAAAGGACUCUCUGCCAUCAGUUACAUCAAUGAACGGAAUCGUCAGAGAAAUGUUUCCAGAGCAGAAGAGGCUCUGAAGGCGGAGUUAGCAGUGGACAAGAUGAAGGAUGACGAUCCUUUCACCAGACGACGCUGUAAACCGACUCUAGUCACUCUGACAAAGGAUGUAGUGGACGGCUCGGGGACAGUUCAGGGAGCUCGACGGGUGGAGGGAGACAAGAAAUCUACUCAGGAGGAGGUUGCAGCUGCUGACAAGACUAGCAGACCUUCGACUCCCAAUGGCCAGAAGUUGGCCUCCCUGGGUGGAGGAGACCAGUCCACACCCAACGCCAGUCUCCUCUCCUCAACCCCGGCCCCGCCCACCUCCUCCUCCGCCUCUUCUUCUCACGACCUGUUCUCCGCACACGACUUCGACAUUCAAAUCGACCUCCCCUCCACUCCUGAAGGUACGACCUCGGUCAAGACCCUCAACAAGUCUGCAGUCACCUCGACACCUCGCACCAACGACGCCCCAAAGAGAUCACUGAACCUGGCAGACUACAAGAAGAGACGUGGAUUGAUAUAGCAAUGGUCCUUUAUCUGCACCUAUAUAAUUUCCAUACCACCACAUAAUUGUGUGUUUCUGAUUUUAUUAUGGCGUGUUGUAAGACCUAGUAUAUUAAUCUAUAAGCUUAUCACGUGAUGCAGUGUG